AUGCCCCUAAAGGUGUUGCAAUCCAUCUUUAAGGUGGGGUUGCUUCACCGUAAGGAUGUAGAGGGGAGGAGUCUCAUCCCUUCCGAUCCUUCAAUGAAAUUUUACACGCCUCUCCCUCUUUCUCAAGGCGCUGCAUACCCGACGCCUGUCUACACCUGCCAAGACCCCAUCCCGUGUCUAGAUCUGCAGCUUAUGUUCGGCCGUUGGGGUGAUGAAAUGGUACCGUGCAGCCCUCGCAAAACUAACCGCUCGCAGCGCAAUAUUCGUGAUAUUGAGAUUGGAAUGGCUGCCACUAGGAUGGACGAGGAUACUGCUUGGUUGGAACUAGCAACUGUUGUUUUGGUUGUCGUCUCCAGCAGUUGCCAGUGUGGUUCAGCUCUCGAUUCUGGACACCCCGACGACAUAGCCAGUGGACAAUGUCCGGGGACGGAGCCAACGGACAGUCGCCUGGAUUGUCUUACCAAAGCAUACGCUCCAUUGCUAAAAUUCGACUCCUUCGAGUCCUUCUUCCCUUCCGCAGUCGAUGAUUUUCUUCCUUCCGUGAAACUAGUAGGUUACCGGGACGCCAAACAUUAUAACGGCAUGCCCGAGUCCGAUGUCAAAUACAAAGACUCACCGCAACGAAUUGCACAACGACAUUCCUUCCUGCUUGGGCGGGCACCUACCGCGCAGGGCACUGUUCCGAUCUAUACCACCAUCGUCCGCAAGAGUCCUAUCCUCUUCGAUUUCGUAUACUUUGCAUUCUACCCUUUCAACCAAGGCAAACUAAUCAGAAACUUCACUGUGUGGGGGAAUCAUGUGGGCGACUGGGAGUAUGUCACCUUACGCAUCAGAUUCGAAAACCCAGGUCCCAAACUUAUUGCAGCGUACACGAGCCAGCACUCUUCCGGCGACUGUCUGACCCCCAGCAAUCUUAUAUUUGUGUCGAAUACCGCACACCCCAUCUUGUACGUAGCUCGAGGUUCUCACGGCACCUACAACAAGCCAGGUAGGACUGUCUACCGAAGGAUUAUUUUGAUUGGAGAUUUAGCAGACGACCACGACGGUGGGAAUGCUGAGCAAUGGGAGACAUGGAAUAAUGUGGUCGUUCGAGUGGAAGGUCAACCCCUAACCAGAGAAUAUACAUGGUGGGGAUUCAAUGGGAGGUGGGGCAACAAGCAGGGACCAACAUCUGUUUUUGAUCAGUUUAUUCUACAAAAUGGAUCAGCUUAUCCAGCAAUUAGUGCCGUCACGUUCCAAUUGGACAGUUCUGCAUUGGAAGACUGACCUCACUCUACGUGAUCCAAUCUGCUCAUCGAUCAAGCCGCUGCACACAACAUGCUCUCUCACUAGUUAAUUUCUUUGCAACAAGUGCGCCUAUGAACGCCUUUACUGCUUGUUUACCUCUGUUUGUGAAUUGCCAGUGUUCACAAAAAGGGUCUGUCUGAAUUCUGCAAUUGAAUGCUUACGGAUGCAGUUUGAUAUGAUCACGGGUUUCAUACUGAAUCAAAAACAGGAAUACAAACUUUGACUUGAAUCUAAAAAAUUAGCAUCUUAUUCUGUUUGCUUGAAUAGUUAAUUGAAACAAUGUUGAAAUCA